AUGCCAGAACCUGAUCCACAUUUAGUCAAAGAAGAAACGAAGGAUACCGGUGUCCCUCCAACUCACAUAUACUCCUUCAGAGACCCUUCUUCAGAUGAUUCACCAGUUGAAGCCUCUACCGAUGGUGUUUGGGAGUCUGGUCUCCCCAUUCUUAUUGAUAUGGGCACGUAUCAGACGCGUGCGGGCUAUGCCACACAGGAAGGUCCCGCGUCCAUUUUCCCCACCAUAUAUUCCAAGUAUAGGGACCGCAAGGUGAAUCGGUCGUACUCACUGAUUGGACAAAAUGCAUACUACGACACCAAUAGCCGGUCCGGUAUGAGGUCGCCGUUUGACGGCGCGUUUGUGUCGAACUGGGACGGAGUUGAGCUUAUCUUGGACUACACAUUCUCGCGUCUGGGAGUCAAGUCUGAAGGCCGGGUUGAUAACCCAGUAGUGAUGACAGAAAUGCUGGGAUGUCCGGCUGCCCAACGCAAAAAUUUCAAUGAGCUUUUUUUCGAGGCUUACAAUGUUCAAUCAUUAACUUAUGGUAUUGACUCAUUGUUUUCAUACCACUACAAUGGCGGCUCUAACGGUGUUGUCAUUUCAUCAGCACACGAAUCUACACAUGUUAUCCCGGUACUCAAGGGCAAGGGAAUGCUCCCACUAGCUAAACGAAUCAACUGGGGAGGCCGACAAUCAGCUACGUACAUGCAGAAUCUGCUCAACUUGAAAUACCCCUAUUUCCCAACUAAGAUUACCCAGCCACAAGCCAUGUGCCUUGUUCGUGAUUACUGCUAUGUUUCUAAGAACUAUGCGCAGGAGCUUGCGGAUUUUUUAAAGUAUGAUGGUCUUGAGAACCGUGAGCGGGUGGUUCAGGCCCCCUUUACGGAGAAUGUUGCGCCAGAAAAGACAGCCGAGGAGCUGCGGCAGAUUGAAGAACGGCGGAAGGAAAGUGGCCGGAGGUUGCAAGAACAAGCAGCCAAAAUGCGACUGGAAAAGCUUGUUGAAAAGGAAAACAACUUGGAGUACUACCGGCAGUUACAGACACGCGUUGACGAGGCCCCGAAAAAGGACACAAAGAAAAUUUUAGACCGCGAAGGGUUUAAGGACCAAGCAGCGCUGACCAGAGUGAUGAAUGAUCUUCAAAGAGCUAUUAGAAAGGCACGGAAAGAAGAUGUUGGUGAGGAUGAUACACCGGCGGAACCACCGAGCUUCCCGUUGUUGGACAUACCAGACGACCAGCUUGAUGCAGAACAAAUUAAAGAGAAGCGCAAACAACGACUUCUCAAGGCCAAUUAUGAUGCACGGAUGCGAGCCAAGGAAGAGAAACAACGAGAGCUUGAGCGCCAGGCGGAAGAAGAGCUCAAGAACGCGGAAUGGCGCGAGCGAGACUUAGAUGGAUGGAUUGCACAUCACCGAGAAGAAAGAGGAAAGCUUGUUGAUUCUAUUAAGGAAAAACAACGACUUAAAGCUCAGCUUCAGGACCGCAAGUCGCUAGCCUCGCAAAACAGAAUGAAGAACAUUGCAGCGUUGAUGAGCGAUAGCGGGCGAUCCAAACGGCGGCGAGGCGGAGGAGCACAAGACGACGAUGCGGACGACAACUUUGGAGCAGACGACAAUGACUGGGCAGUAUACCAGGAUUUGGGCAACGAUAGUAGUGGAGAGGAAGAGGAAGGGAAGCAAAAGGAGAUCAAAAGAUUGGAGGCGUUGUUGCUGGAGCACGAUCCGAACUUUACAGCCGAAGAUACGCGGGAGGCAGAAUUGGAUUGGCGCAAGAGUGUGGUGCAUCUAUUUCUGCAUGGCCCACGGGCGUUUGAUCCAGAUUCGAUAGAGCAACAGCACCGUGUGGUACUGAAUGUUGAGCGAAUCCGGGUUCCUGAGGUGCUGUUUCAGCCCUCGAUUGCUGGCGUAGACCAAGCCAGCGUCACUGAGAUUGUGGAUGACUUACUUCUGCGGCGAUUGGACUCAGAGACCCGGGAAAGAGAGGCAAGUACACUGGUGCUUCAGGAUAUUUUCCUGACUGGAGGGCAGGCACAUUUUAAAAAUUUUGACGAACGCUUGCAGACUGAUCUCCAGUGCGUGUUGCCCACUGGUGCACCACUCAAGGUACGACGGGCCCGGGACCCGAUGCUUGACGCGUGGCGGGGGAUGGCACUUUUUGCAACGACUGCAGACCGGUCCAAGGUGUUUUUCACGCGAGAACAGUACCUUGAGAUGGGUCCACACUAUGUUUUUGAACACGGGUUUGGCAAUGAGUUUUUUUAA